GUUUGUUUGUGCUCAUUUGGCGAAAACAUGUCAGUUCCUUCCGUACAAGCAGCUGAUUAAGUUGCACGUGUUGUUCGGCGGUUCAGCGUGUUGUUCGUAAUGGAACUAGAGGAGUUCAUUUAGUGCGGUAUUCUGUGCGGAAUCCAUCGGCGCUCGGAAAUUUGUGUGUGGAAAAGCGUAAAAUAGAAUUCAUACUGUGAUUUUUUAGAUACAAAACAAACAAACAAACAAACAAGCAAACCCUUCGUAUGUGUUACAUGUGCUUUCGGUCUGUCGUCAGCGACGAGUUCUACGAGUGUUUAUAGUUUAAUUAUUCAGAAAAAAAGAGUUGCGUAGGAAAUAUAGCAACAACCAGCGAGCGAGAACGAAAGCACAUAAAUGUCAAGGUUAACGGUUUGCGUUGAGUGUUUUCGUGUUAUUAUACCAAGUUUAUGCGAAGAUUUUGCCCGCUUUAUAUUCUAGUGAAGUAAUGUGGAUGUGUGUGUGUGUGUUUGAUUAGAAUUUAAGGCAAUUUAAAAAAAGUGAAAGCCUUUACUGCUUCACAGUAAACUGCUUGGCGAGUAUUUGUGAAGAGGUUAAUAUAAACAAAAGAAAGGAGUGAUCCUAAACCAAGUGAAGGUUCUAAAAAUCAGAAUAUUUAGGGAGAAAAUCAUUCCGACGUAUUUACAGGCUGGAAACGUUAUGGAAUGCAUUCAACAGUAUCCUGAAUCCAAAAACCUUUCUCAAAAGGAUUUCAACUGCAGUCAAAAGCACAUCGAUGUUAAAAACAUGCAAUAUUUAGAUUAAAUGUACAACUAUGCGCUACAUAGGCGUACACGAUUACUGGAAAAAAUCUUCCGCAAACGUAAACUGCACUCAUUAAACCACUUCGAAUAACAUGUUUGCCGCCGUGUCCGUGCCGGCAACGCGUACCGCUGCGUUUCUCGAUCGAGCCAAGCGCAAGAAGAUGCUCGGCCUGUUCUGAACACUCGAAGCGACGGAACGACUCGCGGACGGACAUAAUCAAUCGGCGCUCCAAACGGCCCGAGACUGUGGCGGUGAAUGUGGGCCCAUUCCUGGCGACCGUCAUGAUGUAUCAAUGCUGUUUAAUAGUUCUAAUGAUAGCACACUGCGUAUCAUCAACGGGUCAACCGAGGCCAGAGUAUCAACUCACCCGUCACCCAGCACCGUACACCGAUGACACUCAAAACACUAGCCAGAUUGAGCAGCGCCCGACCAGUACCGGCAGGCUAGCGAGCAAUUUCGCUGUCAGUGACGCUGGCAUUGAGCCGUUGAAUGACGAGCAGGAUGUGUACGAUGAGCGGGAUGAUGAUACGUCGGAAAAUGACGAAAGCGACACCGACAGCGACGGUCGGCCGGUGACGAUGGUGGUAGAAGAAGAAGAAGAAGAAGCAGGUGGGUACGAAGCCAGGGCCGACAACAGGAAGGGAAACAUUAUUCACGAUAGCCGCCCGGUACCGGUAAUGUCCCACUCGAACGGUGGUGCCCUGGUUGCCGCCAGCUCCGUACACGACAAUGUUCAAACGGAAUUGAAUAACCUGGAAGCUGUCGGGGACACAUUUGAAUCAGACGGUUCGAAGCGUUUUCUGCAGCACCAUUCGCACCAAAGCCCGAGGGAACCCCGGAAGCAGCUGCAGCGCACCGAAGGUGUUGAGCAAUCUUUAUCGCUAUUGGAUGCGGCCACAAACACCGACAGCAGCAGUAGCUCCUUCUCCACGACGGACCUGUCCGAUCUCACCGUAUCAGCGGCGGUAUCGACGGCAAUGGAAGAUGUGCCGCUGGAGCAAACCAUUUCUAAUCUAUCAUUAUCAACCCAACGAACAAUACGAAGGCCAUCAUCGUCCGGUACGCAGGUGGCAGCGAAUGUACAUAAUACGCAAGACCCAGUUCUGCCGGCCUCCCCGAACGACCCAGCCAAAUUGAACCAGCAGCACUCCCCAGCAGCAGCCCAGCCCCAAUCGCUAUCGGAUGGAUCACGAAGAAGUAAUCCCAUAAGCAUUUCAAAUUUCCACUCCACCGCAUCCAACGACACACUGCUAACGACGGCUACCAGCCUGCAGCGCCAUCGAACAAUUAAUUCCAUGAAUCUUAAUCCCACUACACCGGCGAUGGUGGUCAAACCGGUGGGCGAGCAUCGUAAGUUGCUGAAAAGUACCGGACCCAUCCUGAACUACGUGUUCGACCAUCAUCCGCCGUACUACAAAUCGACCUAUUACAAUACGAGGUACGGACCUCACUUUGAAACUGAUAACGUCACCAACAUCACGGUCCAGAAUGGUGAUACGCUUUUUUUAAGCUGUAGGAUAAGCUUACUGCAGGACAAAACGGUAUCGUGGGUACGGCGAAAAAGUGGCGACACAGCUUUGCAGCUGUUAACCGUCGGAAAACAGACCUACUCCGGUGACUCCCGGUAUCAAAUCGAGUUCCAGUAUCCCAACAACUGGCGUCUCAAGAUUUCGCGUGCGAACAAGAACGACGAAGGUGUGUACGAGUGCCAGAUAUCGACACAUCCUCCGAAAGUUAUUAUUUACUACCUGUAUGUUAACGCACCCGAAGUCUCCAUCGUGGACGAGGAAGGUGCUCCACUGUACGAUAAGUACUACGAGGUUGGCUCGACGAUAAAGCUGAUGUGCAAAAUCCGACACAUCUCGAUGUUACGGUCAGUCGUUUACUGGAUACACAACGAAAACAUUCUCAAUCACGAUACAACGCGGGGCGGUAUCAGUGUAAAAACGAAUUUAACCAGUAUAGGAGCCAACUCGACGCUCUUCGUAGCGAAGGUCAAUCGGCAAGACUCGGGCAGCUAUACGUGUUCGAUAGGACCAAACCAACACUAUUCCAUCUCCGUACAUGUGCUCAACGGCACCGCCAAUCCCUUCGGAAUCUAUCAGCGAUCGUGUGCCUUUCCAAUUAUUCUGCAAGCUGUGGAUAUCUGGCUUGUGGUCAGGAGCCUGUUCUUCCUGCUGCUCAAACUGUCCGUCGGGAGAUAAUAGUCAGUCAGCUGUAGCGUAGUAAAGCGGGGCGCAGAUCCACCCGUUCACGAUGGUGGUCUUGCUCUCGGGACCCUGUGCUGUGUGACGCACGCUCUUUAAACCCGUUCAAAAUCUGCACAUAAACCAACCAUUUAAGUUUCUAUCAACAACAACAAAAAAAUGCAUUCAUGCAACAGGAUUAGGAUCUGCCGACGUAAAACAGCACAAAGCGCUCAGAUGCAGAAAGAGAUUAUAUUUUGAAAUAGUAUGUAGGAAUCGGGUUGACUGGGUUGAGGUUCCGUUCGUUCGGUUUUUCUUUCUCAUACGCACCAGUUGCUGUACAUGGAACUCGAGUCGGAGUGUUACUCCUUGUUAUUAUAAAUAGUGUAAGGAUCCGGGUGAGGAUGCGAGAUGAUGCGACGCGCAGUUACCAUAAGUUUCAUAACAUAUCAUGGAGGCAUUCGAUCGUAAAGACAUGUUAACCCUUCAUGGUAAAGUGCUGUAAACAGCUCUACACUGAUAACGACAUAUAUGUAUGACAUCAUCACGAUCGUGAUGUACUUAAAUACGACAUUCUACACAAUUCCUAGCUUUAGGGCAACUAACUAACGAAACUACAUAACGAAAGAUAGAAACUAUGGAAUUGUUACAAAAUCCUAUCCUAUCCGGUGUACAUGCUCUUGCCAUUUGUUACGUUUGAACACAGGUUUUACGUUUCUACAAAUUAGGAUGACAUGCAAGGGAAAGCGACACCGAAGCACUAAGGAGCAAAAAGGUAUUUUAUAAGCUCAAAAACAAAAUAUCCCUAAAAUAUCCUCCCCGUGUUGACCUAAACUCUUUCCGAUAUGUCGUGCUGGGGGAAACCAAUGCCAAUGAUAACACAGACACAACACACCGCUAACAAUAUUUUAUAGCGCAAAAAAGGGCAACAAAAAUCAAACCAAACCCAACCGUCUAUAACCAACCAGUCAACCAGCGCAUGAAACAUUUCAAUAAUAUCUCUCUCUUGCUAUUUACACAGUAACGAAGCCACUUGCCAUAUUCCGGUUCAGUACAGAACAGGAAACACAGCCAACAGACAUAUGUAAAAACUGAAAGAAAUGGGAAGCACGGCGUGUACAUAGUAUGUUAAAAUGGUUAUACCAAUCGUUUUACGUUACGUUUUUGUGUUAUCUAUUUUCAACGUACGCAGGGUAUACACAGCCAAUCGAUAAUCGAAAAAUGGGCCUCAAUGUUUAGUUUUACAAACUAUCACUUUGACUUGGUAAACCUGCAAUUCGGCAUCGUAAAUUUUAAAAUGGCGUAGAGAACAUUGGGGCGGUCCGGUGGCCGAGGCGACAGCGGCGCCGGUCUUCACACGGCAGGGCCGGGGUUCAAAUCCCAUCCAGACCGCCUCCCCGUACGAAAGGCUGACUACUUUUCUACGGGUAAAAUUAAGUCACAGAAAGCCAGCAAUGGCAGGCCGAGACCUCUCGAGGUUGUAGUGCCACAGAAGAAGAAGAAGAGAACAUUACAUCGGUCAUAAUAAAUGUGUUGUUGGGGCAGUUCCGGGCUUUACAGGGGUUUGAAUCAUCGAAAGGAAUUUAUGAGUAAUUUGGUAGAAUAUUUCAACUGAACAGUGGAAUAUUGCAAACUCGUUUGGCGAAAGUUGCAACUAUACAACAGGUUGUUGCAUCGAGAUAGAUGAAAAAUGCAACGCGACUGUGAAAUUUUUGCCAUAGACUGGGGAUUAACGCACCGUUUCCCGCAAAUUUUCACAUAAAACCAGUUCCAAUUUGGACUUGGACGAAUUUAGCAAAAAAAAACUGAAGCGAGUUCCAGUCGGUACAAGUUUCAGAAGGUAGGUUUAAGGGAACAGCCCGGAACCGCCGGAACCGUCGGAACUGCCGGAACCGUUGGCCGGAAACUUGUCGUUGACGCUGGGGAUGAUGCAUUUAAAUACAGAAAAAUUGAAGGAUAACAAAUGUGUCACAACAAACGUAAUCACAAAAGAUGAGCUCAUAUUCUCCUAUACUGGCCGAUUACCCGUUGCAAGAAUUCGUCAAUUCCGACGGUUCCGGACGGUUUCAGACGACCCCGCCGAUUUUGAUGGUUAAGAUGGUGGUUCCGGAAAUUUCCGGAAAAAUCCUGUUAAAUCUCUAAGCUUAAUUAAAAAAUAUUAACUGUGUAACGUCCGGAUGAAUGUUACCCAUUAAUGUUUCCAAAUUGAACGUGGCAAAUUCACGAUGCCAAAUUGUGGGUUUACGGUUUACGGUGUUGUUUCGUAAAAACACUCUGUAGGUUUACGAUGACCGAUUGGCUGUCCUAACCCUGUAAAGUGAAUACUGAACAGCAAGCAUGCAGGCUAUAAAUGGCAAUGUACUGGCUACAUUUGCAAUAAGAACAAAGAAACAAAAAAAUACACACAUACACGCACCAAAAUGUAUGCUAACUUUUUUGGCGAUAAUCGUCGACAAGUAUAGAAUAAUAAUAAAUAAAUGUACAUUAACAUUAACAACUUCAACAACGAUAGAUAAACUAGCAAAUUCAAACCAACGCAAACAAACAAAGAGGAUUUGAAGCAUGAAGAAUAACAUUUGUCAUUUGUUGGUGCAAAUACCAGCGCAAAAACGCGAUAUGAUGGAAAAGUGGAGAGCAACAAAAACCAAAACAAAAACGUAAGCAGAAAAAGUGACGAUUAAGAGGAAAAUAAAUAUGCAAAAAUAUGCAAAUGUUUUAUAAGAUUGUAGUUUCUUUCUCCACCGAGCGUAUCGUGGCCGUUCCUUCUUCCUCUGGCUAGCUGGCUGGCUUCACCCGGGGAAGAUACGAAAAAUCGUCGGAAUAUGUUAAUACUUCUGUUAAUUCAUUACAUCGGGUUACAAUUCAGGUUGGUAUGUUUGCUACUCCUUCAGCUUCCACUUUCUAUCCAAGUAUCUCUUUGCCUUUUCUAUUCUCUCUCUCUCUCUCUCUUACUUCAUACUUGUCCCUAACGGUACCACUCUCUGCUUGAGUGUUGUUUGCUAAUUCGAAUAGCUCCUUCUCAUUCUUCAAAAAGCUUUAGUUCAUUAAUAUUCGUCGUCGCUUUCAUUCCAUUCCCUUUUUGCUCUACUAAUUGAGAGUAAUUUUUCAUUGAAACUACCAACGGAUUAGCUUAAUUGGGGCUCGCGUUGCUGUACUCUUCCGUUUUUACCUUUACAUUGCAUCUACUGCUGUGCAAAGGGAAAAAGGAAUAAUUAUCUAUCACUUUUUGAGGGCCACUUCCUGGAUAAUCAGGUAGAUAUUGCUACUAAAAACACGUCUUACCAUAACAUUAGGGUGCGCUUUCAGUAAAUCGGAGCCAAAAGCUUUUCCAUUUAUGCAUGAACUAUUUAUGUGUACCGUUUACUAAGGCAUAAGCCGUUCUAAGGACGAUGCUCUGUUGAGACAAUCAUUAUUACAUCGAAGCUAUAGCUUGAAGGAUUCUACACAUCGAACAUCA